CUGGCCCUGCCCCGCCCCAGGGCAUGCAGGGCGGCCCCACUGAGCCGGCUGGGCUAUGGGGUCGGCCUGCCCCUCUGCCCAGUGCUGGGGGCGACUCUAGCUGGAGCCGCUCCGGCUCCCUGCCCGGCAGCAAUGGGGCAGCCCCAAUCGGUGCCGCCGGGCGUCUCUGCCCUCGCGCUGGGAGGAUGCAGAGGAGUUUCCGUGUCUCCCCACGGCGCGAGCACGCUGGCCGGGCCUUGGGACUGGGGCUGGCUCCCCCAGCGCAGCAGCAAACCAACGAGUUCUGCACAGACGUUGGGGGGGCAGCAGGUGCCUGGCUGAAUCCCUGCCCGGAAGUGACACGAUGAACAGGGGGCUGCGUUUCCCGCAGUGCCCUGCACGUCCCCGAGUGUAACUGGGACAGGCUGGGUUGCCGGGGCGUUAGGGGAUCUGGGUUCUGGCUGGGGACAGGGCCCUUGGUGCUUCAGCUCCCUGACGGUAACUGGGGAUAAGACCUCCCUGGCGUGCCCGAGGGAUGAACGCACUGCGGGGAAGAGAUCCCUAGAAAUGAACGCCGCUGACCGCGGGAGAGCAGCUCAGUGGGAGUCGAACGCUGCCCUGGAGCUAGUCUGUCCCUCGCAGCCGUGCCGUGGGCGCAGGGAACGUGCAACGUGCUCGGCUUUCCGCAGGUAUCAAAGCGGAGAUCGUGGUCAAAACGGAGCCCGAGGACGACUCCUACGGCGAGUGUGCCCAGCAUUACGGUGAAGGAGAUGGUCCCGACGACCCCUUCUGUGACACAAACCCGGAGAUUAUCGUGAAAGUGGAGCCGGACGAUGAGUCGGCCAUUGGUUAUCCCCAGGGCCUGAGCGAAGGUGGAAUUCUCGGCUACCCCAGCCCAGGCGAUGGGAGCAGAGGUGCCGGCGAGCGGGAGCGCCCCGGGGAAGAGUCCGAGGAUGUGAAACCGAACAGGGCUUUGCUGAUGAGAGGCUUAGAGGUGGCUUCCUCGGGCUUGCUCAGGACAGAACCCAGCAUUAAUCACUGGAAAGUGCAACACGCCCAGGGAAACAUCGCCGCGCUCCAGAGAAAUGCGGUGGCUCCGGAGGGGCCGCAGACAGCCCCUGAGCCCAAGGGAAAGGGGCCAACGGCCCCGACAAGCAACCCCAGCCAGAAAUCCCUUUCGGCCUCUGACCGCGGGGGGGCCGUAGCCGCCAGCACCGAGCCGGCGAAACGCCCGCGGGCCCACGCUGCCGAGCGGCCGUUCACGUGCACAGAGUGCGGGAAGAGCUUCCAGCACCGGGGAAACCUCAUUACUCACCUGCGGGUGCACACGGGCGAGAAGCCCUUCACCUGCACCGAGUGCGGCAAGAGCUUCAGCCAGAAGGGCGACCUGAUGCGACACCAGCGCAUUCACACGGGCGAGAAGCCCUUCGAAUGCAACGUGUGCGGGAAGAGCUUCUGCUCCAAGCAGACCUUCAUCCUGCACCAGCGCAUCCACACCGGCGAGAAGCCCUUCUCCUGCACCGAGUGCGGCAAGUGCUUCAACCGCAAGGCCAACUUCAUCACCCACGAGUGUGCACUGGGCUUCGCAACCGAGUAUGACCUGAUCCCUGACCUGAGAGGUGACCAUCUCACGGAGACCACCUAG